GCCUGUCGGCUCAGUUGGUGUUGGAGUCGCCUGCAGGAGAGACCUACCGUGCGGCAUGGCAGCCUGAAAGCAAAGGGAGGAGAAAAGGAGGAGGGAGAAAAAGCGGUGUUUUUUUUCCUCUCGAGUGCAUUUUUCUCUCCGUAAAUCGACUUAUACCCGAAAGGACUGUAUGUGGACGUGUCGUGGAGACGAGUACUGUGGAUUAUACGCGUUUUUAUGCGGAUAAAAGCAACAACAGGAGUUUAAUUUGUGUGGAGAACUCGUGGAUCGAUGAGAGAAGACGGGCAGCCAGAGAGAAGCUCCCCCGCUGACAUAAGAGAGUGAGGAGAUUACAGUAGAAGCUCAGAGGAGGCGAACAACACACAGGAUCUCUCUCCUGCUGCCUUCAGAGCCAUGAGCCGGGCGCUCAUGGACCAUAUCGCCAGUAGUUUCAGAGAAGAUGCUCCUCGACCCCCGGUGCCGGGGGAGGAGGGCGAGGCGCCCUGCUACCCCGGCAAAGUCGUAAUAAUGAAAGCCCUUGAACCACCUAAAUCGGUUCUGCUCGGCUCUCCGGGUUCCUCGGCGAGGAGGAAUGAGGAUGGUCUUGAGCCAGAGGGGAGUGCCUCCCCGGAUUCACCGCUGUCCCGGUGGACAAAGUCUUUGCACUCUCUCCUCGGGGACCAGGACGGUGCUCUACUUUUUAGGACAUUCCUGGAGCGAGAGAAAUGUGUCGAUACUUUAGACUUCUGGUUCGCCUGCAAUGGCUUCAGACAAAUGGACCUCAAGGAUACCAAAACGCAGAGAGUCGCCAAAGCAAUCUACAAGCGCUACAUCGAAAACAACAGCAUCGUCGCCCAACAGCUGAAGCCCGCGACCAAAACCUUCAUCCGGGAUAAUAUCAAGAAGCAGCACAUAGACUCUGCGAUGUUCGACCAGGCGCAGACCGAGAUCCAGACAGACAUGGAGGACAACGCGUACCAGAUGUUUCUGACCUCUGACAUUUACCUGGAGUACGUGAGGACUGGGGGAGAAACCCCCAAUCACGUGAACUCCAACGGGCUGGCCGACCUGAAAGUUGUCUGUGGAUACCUGCCCACGCUCAACGAGGAGGAGGAGUGGAGCUGUGAUUUCAAAGCCAAAGCGCUGGUUGGACUGUCGGUGAAGGCGCAGAGGGCCACCAUGUCCAUGAGGGAGGUGGAGGUGAUGGAAGACGGAUACAGAUCAUACAGGAGAGGAGAGCCCCUCAACCCCUGCAACGUUGGCCCUUUCGCCCCCGUCAGUAGCACCAACGACAGCGAGGUGUCUAGUGACGCCUUGACCGAUGAUGCCAUGUCCCUGACUGACAGCAGUGUAGACGGCAUCCCUCCAUACAAACUGGGAACCAAGAAACAGCUGCAGAGAGAGAUGCAGCGCAACAUGAGGAUGAACAGUCAAGUCUCGCUGCCUGCUUUCCCUCGCACUCGCCGUCCUCCCAAGGAGAUGGUCCCCAUGGAGCCGGCGGAGUUUGCAGCCCAGCUCAUCUCCCGCCUUGAGAGCCUGAAGAGAAAGCAGGACACCAUCAACUCUCUGGAGGAGAGGCUGCAGCAGAUUCAGGAGGAGGAGGAAAGAGAAGAUACAGAACUUAUCACAAUCGCUCCCCAGCUCUCUCCACACCCUCUCACCCUCCUUCCUGGCUCCUCUGAUGAGGACCCACAAGCCAUCUUAGACGAACACCUCUCCCGGGUCCUGAAGACCCCCGGUUGCCAGUCCCCUGCCGUCAUCCGACAUUCACCUCGCUCCACCUCUCCGGAGCAUGCAGCCUUCGCGCGGGCAGCCUAUGGCGUCAAGACCCUGGUGAGGACAGGACCCUCCGCUUCCUCUUUGGUCUCAAGUCCCGACCAAGAGAACAUCACUCUGUCCUUAGGCCCUGGGCAGACCCUCGUCAGUAGGCAGAGCACCAAACACAUUCACCACCAUUACAUCCACCAUCACGCCAGUCCUAAGAGCAAGGAGCAGAUCGAGAGGGAGGCGGCCCUUCGAGUGCACGGCCUGUGCUCCAGCAGUGGCGAGUGCCAGCCCUGCCAGCCUUACCAGCGCAGCCGCAGCCUGGGCAGGGAGAUGUGUGGGGCGGUCUCUAUGGACAACAACAUGGGGCGGUCCAGCUCUCUGUCCAGGCGUGUGUGCCGUGCAGGAGUGGAGGAUGGAGCAGCAGAGAGGUGUAUGCAGGACUGUGGGUCCUUACAGCUGCCCAGCGACACAACAGACCCCACGCAGAAUGUGCUGCAGUGGAUCCUGGAAAGUAAACGGCAAGGCAGGCACAAGUCUCACAGUAACCAGAGUGCCAAGAAAGCCUUUGGAGCCUCUUCCACACAGACGCACACAUGGGGUGGCGGUGGAAGCUGUGGCCACCUACGUAGCCACCAGCCAGCCCAGCCUUUCAUCCAGGACCCGGCCAUGCCCCCCCUGCCCCCUCCCAACACAUUGGCCCAGCUGGAGGAGGCCUGCCGCAGACUGGAGGAGGUCUCCACCAAGACCACCAAGCAAAGGCAUUCAGCGUCCAUUGUCCAGCAGGAGAAGAGCCACCUAGUGCCUGUCCAGGGUGAGGGGUCCGUCCCUCUUUCUGCAGCCAAUCCCAGCCCUGCCGGCCUCCCCUCCACCAGCCCCGGCCUCCAAUCAGAAGAGAUGAAGGAGUGCAAAAAGGGUUUAGGAGUGUGCAGCGGCGAGACAGUGGUGACGUAUUUCUUCUGUGGCGAGGAGAUCCCCUACAGGAGGACCAUGAAGAGCCACAGUCUCACUUUGGGACACUUCAAGGAGCAGCUCCGCAAGAAGGGCAACUACAGGUACUACUUCAAGAAGGCCAGCGACGAGUUCGAGUGCGGCGCCGUCUUCGAGGAGGUGUCGGACGACGGCUCUCUGCUGCCCACCUACGAGGGCAAGAUCCUGGGCAAGGUGGAGAGGAUGGAGUGAGGACCUCCCCAUCAUGAUGUGGAUCUUACACCUACUCCAGUUCACCUCCUCUGUGGAUGUACUUCUUCACACUCAGAAACACAACAUGUGUGUGUGUGUGUUUUAAGCUAGAUUGAUGUUUAAGGAAUGUCUGCAACAUUUUGGGAAGAUGGACUGGAUGAAAGAAGAUGAGGGGAAAGCCAAGAAAGGAAGAUUCUGAUGUUUAAAGGACUAUCAUUCGAGCAGCCCGCCUCGAAGUGAAGGAGAGAAAAAGGAUUGCAUGUUGCUGGACUAAAACAUCUCGUGUUUCCAGAAGAGCAAACUCUAGAGACUCUAGGUGAAUGACCACUCCUCAAAGACGCAGGGCGGCGGGUUCAAACCUGAGACUGACAGCCUACCUGCCCCUGCCUGUGCUAGCAUCUGCCCACUAGCACCUGCUAGCACAUCACUUAUAUGUAUAUGCAAAUAUACAUGUACAUUGCAUUGUAUUGUGAUGCUCGUAUUGCUGUGUAAAGAUUUCUAUUGCUAUUUAUUGGAAAUAUCCCUGUCCCCACCCUUUUAUUCUUCCAUGGACAAGCUGCUUGGAGUUGGAGAAACUUCUGUUAUUUUUCCAGAUCUUUGAUUAUGAUUAUUAUUAUUAUUAUUAUUAUUAUUUUUCCAUUCCCUUCUGUGCAUCAGUUCUCGAGCAAAGGAAAUGGGUUUUAUUCAUUUUCUGCCCCUUGUAUUGAACUGUAAACUUCAAAGAUACCUCUUCAAAAAGCUCCACUCCUGCUCCUGGAGGUUUAGUGGGACAUUUCUGAUCUCUUGGCUGGAGAGCUUAUUGCUGAAGCUUUUGAGAGCGGCUCUAUUUUCACUUAAAAGUUUGAUAAUAUAUUUACUACUGCAGUGCUAUUUGUGGUUGUGUCCCUGUGUGCUCUGAAAGGCCCUGAGUGAACUUUGAAGAGAAAAAAAAGGAACAAAAAAUGCUAUUAAUGUUUAAUUCCCUUCGCUGGGACUCGGCCCAGCUAGCCUUGAUCUGUCGCGUCUUAGUGCCUUUGUUUCAGUGGCGCAGGCAUUGCACAAAUAGCCUACGUAUUUGCGUAGAGGAAACUGCCCUGAACAGGUCCCCCAAAAUGUGUUUACACCAAUAUUAAUAUUUACCAACACAAAGCUCUAUAUGUGCUCCCCAACCUGCUUACCUUUGUGAUUGUGUGACUGAGUUGUCGUUGAGUAGGGGUUACUCUGUGUGUAUUUGAAGCCUGCACUGUGAGCUGCAGAUGCUAUCGAUGGUGAUAUACACUAUGUCCAUAUAGUGUUGUAAGUGAGUACAGUAGCUGUGCCUACAUGGAUUCUUGCCAUGUGUUACCCAGUUUUCAGGGUCUUAUUACUCCCUUGGUUUUUUCAAGGGGCCUUAUGUUGAAAAGAUAUUUUUAUGCCUUGUAGUAUCCGUUUCAUCAUGUUUAUGUUUUAUAAUAUUUUUCAUGGCUUCCUCAGCUCCACUUGUAAACUGUAAAUUAUGCGUUCUAUAGAGCACAGUUGAAAAGAUGCCUCGGUACUUUAAUUAUUGUAAUUAUGAAGAGAUGUAGCCUUUAUUAAAAUGUUCUAUUUUUCAAAUUA